GGGACUGUGGCGGAGCUCAGUCCGUGCUCUGGGCGCCUGUGGCUGUGGCCGAGUCGAUCAUCCCCGGGAGCAAGCAGAAAGCCGAUCGCCCAGCCUUUCCGUGCUGCUGCAAACACUCUGCCCUUGCCCCAAACCUGUCACUCUCUGUUCGAGCAGCAGCAGUAGCUGUAGUGUGAGCAUUGAAGCUUCGAGCAAGCCCGGGAUUUGGAGUGAAGUGCCUUGGAGUUAAUCCCGGAGUAUUAUUUUGCCAUGAAGUGUUCCGAGUUGGGAUGGUUAAUACUAAGUGCUUCCCUAAUUAUUGCACAGACAGUUGCAAUGAUGAGCCCCAAUGUUACUUCUGAAUUGGAUGUAACGUUGGCUCCAUUGGGGGAUAACCCUGAAGAGUCCUUUGCAACUCAAUCAGUCACUCAAGCGAACAACAACUUUACAGACGACUUGGAUUCAAUCAUGAGGAAAUACUUGGAUCAAAAUGAACAGAGAACAUCCAGAAGGGCCAAGAGAGCUAUCACAGAUAUGGACAGACAAGUAAUCUUAGAUCUUCAUAAUAAACUGAGGGGUCAAGUCUCACCAAGUGCCUCUAAUAUGGAAUAUAUGACAUGGGAUGAUGAAUUGGAAAGAUCUUCAGAAGCUUGGGCUGCAGAUUGCCGAUGGGAACAUGGUCCAGCUUACCUGCUACCUUCAAUAGGGCAGAAUCUGGGUGCACACUGGGGCAGAUAUCGGCCUCCUACCUUCCACGUUCAAGCGUGGUAUGACGAAGUUCGAGAUUAUAUGUAUCCAUACCCUCAAGAAUGUAACCCAUGGUGUCCCUAUAGAUGUGUAGGUCCAGUGUGCACCCAUUAUACUCAGGUAGUAUGGGCAACAAGUAACAAAGUUGGCUGUGCCAUUAACUUAUGCACAAACAUGAACAUCUGGGGUCAAGUGUGGCCAAAAGCGAUUUACCUGGUUUGCAACUAUUCUCCCAAAGGGAACUGGUGGGGUCACGCCCCAUACAAACAUGGCCCUCCCUGUUCUGCUUGCCCUCCUAGCUAUGGAGGAGGCUGUAGGGAUAACCUGUGUUACAAAGAUGGCACAGAUCACCAUUAUUCCCCUUCGGAACCAGAGGAGGAAACCAACGAGGUUGAGAGACAUAGAACAGGAAUUCAGGAGACUCAUUUGAAAGCUCCAACACAAACAGAUCCUUCAAGAACAGAAUACCUUGAGUUGAAUGAGGUUAUAAGUACAGAACAAAUGUCUCAGUUGGUGUCUUGUGAAACCAAACUCCGUGACCAAUGCAAGGGAACAACGUGCAAUAGAUAUGAAUGCCCAGCUGGUUGUUUGUACAGUACGGGGAAAGUCAUUGGAACAUUGCAUUAUGAAAUGCAAUCAAGUAUUUGUAGAGCAGCGAUGCAUUAUGGAGUACUCGACAAUGAAGGGGGCUGGGUCGACGUUACCAGACAAGGAAGGAAACCAUUCUUCAUAAAAGCUAAUAGGAAUGGGGUUCAAUCAUAUGGUAAAUACAGAGCUGCCAAUUCAUUUACCAUUUCCAAAGUAACAGUCCAAUCUGCUAACUGCGAGACAAGAGGACAUCAAAUGUGCACAUUCAAGAAACCAGCCUCACAUUGUCCAAGGAUAUAUUGUCCACGAAAUUGUAUGCAGGAAAAUCCCCAUCUGGCUCGGGUUAUUGGAACCCGCAUCUAUUCUGAUAGAUCCAGUAUUUGCAGAGCAGCCGUACAUGCUGGGGUUAUUCAUAAUCAUGAAGGAGGUUAUGUUGACGUGAUGCCAGUGGACAAAAAAAAGUAUUAUGCUGGCUCAUACCAGAAUGGAAUAUUCUCUGAAAGCCUUAAGAAUCCACCUGGAGCUAAAGCAUUCAGAAUAUUUGCAGUCAUCUGAUUCCAUGAGAAAAUAAUAAAGAAAGUCAGUUCAGUACUUGGAAGAAGCAAAGUGUUUCAACUAUUUGUUAUGCUUUUUGCUGAGUUGUGAUAUUGGCAGAAACAGUUUAGUCCGUUGUAAGUCAAACAAUUCUGUGCCAUACAUUGAAAAAAAAUAUUGCUGACUAUCAGAAACGCAGGUUAGAGGCACUCAAUAAGGUGAUAAUAAAAUUCCCCAUUUUUUGUUAUACUUAAUAAAUUCACGUUUCUGUAAUUACUGUUUUGUUACAGAAUGCUGCUAACUCAACGGUCAUACCAAAAAUAUACACACAAAAUUCAACUGAAAACCAAGAUUAGAUAGGAUUAAUCGAAUGCUUUACAAACCUGGCAGUUACUCCUGCAGGCCAGGAUGUAAGUCAAUUAUAAUAAUGUGUUAUCAGUAGAAAUGUAAAGUUUGUGGAGACUGUAAGGGAGAAAUUGGAACUCACCGCUCCCAUUUCUUCAAUGAAGAAAGAACGUUGGGAGACCCGAUCUUGCAGCCCAAACUCUUGUACCCAAUCUUUCCCAGGAAUGCAGCAGCUGCCAACCUGGAAGCUGGAUAUUCCCAUUGGCCAGGAUCUCCACCUGAAACAGGUGUCAGGCACUUUGGAAAUGCACAUGGAGGCCCUAACACUGGUUAUGAAAGCCCAUAUCAAUUUUGCAAUGAAUGACUUGAUCCUCGCAUAUUCUGCUGAGUUGAGCUGGGUUUUCAGCAGCCCAUUUGAUGACCCUUAAGGAGACUGUUGGAGGCUUCCCCCUCCCCCCACCCCCAAAAAAAAACCGUAGGUAUACCUUUUCAUGUUUGUGGAACCAGUUGGAAAAUGAGUAUCCUCUUGCUUUGGCAAAAGUAUUGGGGUGUGCUACCACCUUUUUCCCUCUGGUUUGGCUCCCUUUCUCUCUCCACCCACCUGCAGGCUGGUUUGGUGCUGUUACCUGUGAGCUGAAUUAGAUAAUCAAUAGGCAUCUGUAGCAGAUAGGGCCCGAGCUAAAUUUCCAGAGGCUCAGGCAUCGCUUUUGGGUGGGUGUUCACCUUGUGACACUUAAUUCAUAUCACUUAUCAGCAUGAGUCUUAUUUCUUGGCCAAAAUGGCAAAAUCCUUCAUACCAGCCUGUUUAAAGUCAUUAGAUAACAUUCCUGGCCAUGUUAACGUAAUUUAUAUAUGGGUGGACCAUAUAAUUUGGUUUAUAAAGCACUACUUUGGAAAAUAAGCUAGCACACUUAAAUUCCAUGUUUUGCUAUAUGAGACAUGGUACAAAGGUGAUAUCUGUUACUAUUAAAAACACUUGCUUACAGACCACAAUGCUGUAGAAACUUAUUUAUAUUCUUUUGUUAUCAUUGUUAAAUUGCUUUUUGUGUUCUUAACUUUUAACCGUUUUAUGGAUUUUGUCUUUCAAACAAUGCUGUCUGCCAUAACGUAUCUUUACUACCUCAGAUACUGAAUGUGUUUGUAGUAUGUGCUUACACAGACCUUUUUCAAUUUCAACUUAAUUCACUUAAAUGAA